UAUCUAUACAGAGAGAAAAGCAGCAAGAAUGGUGGGGGAAAAGACGAAUACGGGCUUCUCUUUUUUCAUUUCUUCCGUAUUUCUUCUUCUUCUUCUCCAUGUCGUUAUUGCAGAUAACCCUUACAGGUACUACACAUGGAAGGUCACCUAUGGUGACAUUUAUCCUCUUGGAGUGAAGCAACAGGGAAUUCUAAUAAAUGGUCAGUUCCCAGGGCCUCAGAUCGAUUGCAUAACUAAUGAUAACUUGAUUAUCAGCGUUUAUAAUUACCUUAAUGAGCCAUUUCUCAUCUCUUGGAAUGGUAUUCAACAAAGGAGGAAUUCAUGGCAAGAUGGGGUCUCAGGGACGACAUGUCCUAUCCCGCCGGGAAAGAACUUUACUUACGCCAUGCAAGCAAAAGACCAGAUUGGAAGUUACUUUUACUACCCAUCUAUGGGACUUCACAAGGCUGCCGGCGGUUAUGGAGGAAUCCGUGUUUACAGCCGCCCUCUAAUUCCUGUCCCCUUCUUUCCUCCUGCUCGGGAUUUUACUGUCUUGGCCGGAGACUGGUACAAGAGAAGUCACGCGAAUCUGAAACUGAUCUUGGACGCCGGUCAUAACCUUCCUUCUCCCGAUGGUCUUAUAAUAAAUGGUCGUGGCUGGAAUGGGUACACCUUCAUUGUUGAUCAAGGCAAGACGUACAGAUUCAGAAUAUCCAACGUUGGGAUCGCUACAUCCAUAAACUUCAGAAUACAAGGUCACUCUAUGAAGCUGGUAGAGGUUGAAGGUUCCCAUACGGUUCAAUCCACGUAUUCCUCACUCGACAUUCAUCUGGGUCAGUCCUACUCUGUUUUGGUCACCGCCGAUCAACCUCCCGCUGACUAUUACGUCGUCGUUUCUUCCCGCUUCACUUCCCAAGUCCUCACCACCACCGCAGUUCUUCAUUACAGUAACUCCUUCACCAAAGUCUCCGGCCCUCCUCCAGGAGGACCCACAACCGAAAUCGGUUGGUCCUUAAAUCAAGCUAAAUCUAUAAGAUGGAAUCUAACUGCUAGCGGGCCAAGGCCAAACCCACAAGGAUCUUACCAUUACGGUUUAAUCAAAACAUCGCGGACAGUAAUUCUUGCCAACUCUGCCCCUGUUAUCAACGGGAAACAGAGAUAUGCAGUCAACAGUGUGUCAUACAUUCCGGGCGACACUCCUGUGAAGCUGGCUGACUUUUUCAAGAUUGGAGGAGUUUUCAGGCUGGGAAGCAUUCCGGACAGGCCAACAUGGGGGAACGCUUAUCUUGACACGUCGGUUAUGGAUACUAAUUUCCGAUCUUUCAUUGAAAUUGUUUUUCAGAACUGGGAGAACACUGUCCAAUCUUGGCACAUUGAUGGUUACUCUUUCUUUGUAGUUGGGAUGGAUGGAGGGCAAUGGACUGAAGCAAGUAGAAGGACCUACAAUCUGAAAGAUACAGUAGCUAGAUGCACGGUUCAGGUAUACCCGAAGGCGUGGACUGCAAUAUACAUGUCUUUGGAUAACGUGGGAAUGUGGAACGUUAGGUCGGAGGAGUGGGCGAGACAAUACCUUGGACAACAGUUCUAUCUUAGGGUUUACACGUCCUCAAAUUCGUUUAGAGACGAACUUCCCAUUCCUAGGAAUGCACUUCUAUGUGGUCGUGCCUCGGGUCAUCGCACUCGACCUUUCUAAGUGUUCAAGUUUGAAAUUCCGUGUGUCACGAAUGGGUGACUUUGGAAUUAAGAAAAUUGAGAUUAUUAGGCUGCCUUCAAUUGAUUCUGGUUCUUGUUUCUUAUUGUCACUUUAUUCUAAUGGAGAAGGAAUUUGUUCAAAGAAGUGUUGAACAAUCAAUGACCAUUGAUUGGAGGUGUUGUUUUAGAGCCCUCCAAAUCAAUUUUUCACAACU